UUAAAAGCAGGAGGACAGGUCAAGGACCCGAAUGAAAAUGAGGGACCGACAACUGCGACUGCAAAGAGCGAAAGAGCAACGGAGAAGGAAUUAAUUAAAACUAAAGGAGAAAAGUCGGAAGACUCAGAGGGGUAUAACGCUGUCGGGACUCAAAAGUCGGGAGGAGUAAGUCGAAAGCCGGGUAAGAGGAAGACACCUAGCGGAAAGAAGACGACUGGACGUUCACCACAAGGCGAGACAUCCGGCGAUAGUACAGGAGCCGCUACACUUACACCGGAGUCCAGUGGCGCUACCGCUGAAAGUGGAGUUGCAACACCUGUAGAAACGGCGGGCGGAAGUCAGCGACGCGGUGCAUGGAGGUGGUUGCCGUCGUGUAAACAGCUAACAACUCCGUCGAAGCGGUCGACAUCUGACAGUUCAAAGAGGAAAUCUAAGAAGGAGAAAUCUAAGAAAGAGUCUAAGAAGAGUAAAACUUCCAAAAAAGGCAAGAGAGGCAAAACACCAUCAACCUUAUUCAAAAAACACAUGCCUCGUCGUAAGAAGAGCAAGAAAUCACCAAGUCGUAAGGCAACAUCGACAAAAAAGAAGGAUUUGCAAAAACCAAAAGAGAAAAAGGAUGCCAAAACAACGGAACCAUCUGAAAAGACGGCACAACCACCGCCGGCUGAAAAAGCAAAGGCGGCAGGCCAAGUGCCAAUCACACACCCGCAAACAGAUCAGCAAGAGCGGCCAGGCGAUCAAGUUGCAACUGCGAAAAGAAGUGAUGCCAUAGCCGCCACUGCCGUUCAAGACCAAGGAGGUGUGCAAGUGGAUGAUCAUCGACAAGCCAUAGAGUUAGCGCUAGAUUCUAAACCAGAAGGAUAUGCGGGUGCGGCAGCGUUUCGUGCUACACAAUCUCAUAUACCGAGAAGGUUGGUUCAGUUGAAGUUGCCUCUACUCUCACCAUCUCUAGCACUACAGGGUGCGCCAAAAUUACUUGCUCAAAUGUUCGUCCCUUUAGAGCUGUAA